AUGUCUAUGCUGAGGACAAUCAAGCCAAAAAAUGCCCGGGUCAAGCGGGCAUUAGAUGAACGCGAGCCCAAGCUCGUCGAGAAUGAGAAAUCGGCCAUCUUUGUUCGUGGACAGAACACUAGCGAGAAAGUCCGGCUGGCAAUGAAGGACCUUUACUCGCUCAAGCGCCCAUCAGCUAUCUCCUUCUCGCGGAAGAACGAUAUCCACCCCUUCGAAGACGCUUCGUCACUUGAAUUCUUCGCUGGGAAGAACGAUGCCUCGCUCUUUCUCACCGGGCUGCAUAGCAAGAAGAGGCCCGACAACCUCAUCUUCACGCGGAUGUUCGAUGGGCGGGUAUUGGACAUGGUGGAAGUAGGAGUUGAUGCUAUCAGGGGAAUGAGCGAGUUUGAGUCCGUAAAGGCUUCGAUUGGUGUUCGGCCUUUAAUGGUCUUCCAUUCAGACCUGUUCGACACUCACCCAUCCUUCAUCGCCCUAAAAUCCAUCCUCCUCGACUUCUACAAUGGCCACGCCCUCCCAUCCCUCCCCCUCACAUCCGUUGAACACGUCAUCUCCAUCACCGCCGGUCCCCUCCCUCCCGCUCCCGUCCCCACAUCGACCAACCCGACUCCUACCCAGCCCCUCCCCAAAGUGCACUUCCGGGUCUACACCGUCGCGCUCCUCCCUGCCCCCGCAUCCGCCCCACCCCGGAUAAGUCUCACCGAGAUGGGCCCGUCCAUCGACCUCACCGUUCGGAGAAUACAAGAGGCGGACGAGGACAUGCUCAAGCAGGCCAUGAAGCGGCCCAAGAUGGAGAAGCGGACACAGUUGAGCGGUUUAGGCAAGAAGAGGAAGAACAUCGAGACGGACGAGAUGGGAGACAGGGUCGGACAGCUGCACUUCAAGAAGCAGGACUUGAAGGGUAUGCAGGGCAGGAAGAUGAAGGGGUUGAAGCCGGGUUUCGAGAACAGGGGGAAGCGAUCGCAGAUCAAGCUGCCGGGAGCCAAGGCGGGUGGAGCUGCGGAAGGAGACGACGAAUGA